UUCUCUCUUAAUCCUAGAUCUCCAGCCCCCCAUCUCAGAGGGGUAUAAAUAAGUGUCUGCUUCCAUCCUGGGCUACACUUUGCAGGCUGAAGAGAAGAUUGCAAGAUGAAAACUCAGCUGCUGGCCUUGGUGGUGGUGGCAUUCGUGUUCCUGGACUCAGGAUAUACCCUGAUAUGUCACUCAUGCACUGAACCACCAUGUGUGAGACACGAGCAGUGUUCAGAAGGGCAGAACCUAUGCUUUGAAAAAAGUUAUCAGGGUGAUAUGUUCGGACUCAGGACCGUCAAGGGAUGCACUGAUACCUGCGCUGAUCCAGGAGAAAAUGAGAAAGUUACGUAUUGCAAAUCUGACAAGUGCAACUGAUAGUUUGCCCUCAUCCAUCAUGGGCCAUCCUUGAAAAUUUACGCUUCUGGCCUUUACCACCAGAUGGUCCAUAAUCCCCCUCCCGCCCCCCGUGCUGUCUUUGACACCUCAUCAUCCUUCCCUUUUCUCUUGUUCUGUAAGUUUCCUUCUGCUAUUUCUGUAGUUUGAGAAUCGAAUAAAAGUCAGCAUUCAA